AGAAUAACGAAGCCUUUAACUUUUGCUGACUGUGUUGGAAAUGAACUACCUUUAGGAUGGGAAGUUGUUUAUGAUCCACAAAUAGGUGUAUACUAUAUGGACCAUAUUAACCAGAUUACACAAAUUGAGGACCCUCGAGAGCAGUGGAGAAGAGAACAGGAACGGAUGUUGAAAGAAUAUUUAGUUGUCGCUCAGGAGGCUCUUAAUGCUAAAAAAGAGAUUUAUCAAAUCAAGCAGCAGCGGUUUGAGUUGGCACAGAAAGAAUUCCAGCAGCUACAUGAACUCUGUGAUGAAGACAACCGUUCCCAUGCCAGCUCUUUUUCGGGAUUCUCUACAAACACAAAAUAUGAUCCUUAUCAAAUUAAGGCUGAAAUAGCAAGUCGUCGAGACAGGCUUUCUAGGUUAAAACGAGAGCUAACUCUGAUGAAGCAGGAACUUCAGUUCAAAGAAAAGGGAGUGGAAACUCUACAAGAAAUAGAUCGUAAAAUGUCAAGCACUCAUACCAACUAUAAGUUAGACGAGGCUCAAGCUAUAAUGAAUGAACUGCGAACUAUACGACAAGCUAUUUGUAUGGGAGAGAAGGAGAGGCGUGAUCUCAUGCAGAGCCUGGCCAAGCUGACCGAUGGUUUCAGAAACAGCUGUUUUAUCACAGAUUCCAUGCAAAACAUCCACAGUUCAAGCUUGCACAGUGACCCCUGUUUACCACAGCAAUUCUGUGAUGCCUGCUCACAAACGGAUAACGUUGAAGAGUAUGGCUAUGAUGAUAAAUCAAGACUGGUGGACAGAGUGAGACUUAAUUGGCAGUAUGAAGAAGCUAAGAAGAGGGUUUCCAACAUACAGCACCAACUGGCUCUUCUUGAAAGUGAAGCAUGGCCUGGAAUGGCAGAAGCAGACAGGGACCGAAUACAACUCAUCAAGGAAAAAGAGGCUCUUCUGCAAGACCUGCAGCUCAUUAGCCAGCAAAGGCGACCUCCUGAAGAUCUGGCAAAGCUGGAAGAAGAAAAGGGACGUCUGGCUGAUGAGAUCCAGAGGGCCCGCUCCAUCUCCACUCAAGGAGUCACUGAAAGGUUACUUCUACAAGAGAAAAGAAACUGCCUUUUAAAGCAUCUGGAGGAAGCUACUCGAUUGACUUCUUACCUCCACACUCAAAUAAAAAGCUUAUCUGCUAGUACCCUUACCAUGUCAUCUGGUAGCAGUCGUGGCUCAUUGGCAUCAAGUCGGGGAUCUUUGGCAUCAAGUCGAGGGUCUCUUAGCUCCAUAAGCUUUACAGACAUUUACGGCCUUCCACAUUAUGAGAAGCCUGAACCACUCUCUGAAUUUUCUCAGCAUAUGCGCUUUGAUGUAAUUCCAUUAGAUACUCUUUGCAGAGAUGGUCAGUAUUCUGAAACAUCUGGGCUUCUCAACCUCAGUAAACAGAAAAUGUCAUUGGAUACCCCACAGUCAUUAGCCUCUCUGUCAUCACGAUCUUCAUUGUCCUCACUGUCUCCCCCAAGUUCCCCACUGGACACUCCUUUCCUAUCCGCAUCUCGUGAUUCUCCAUUAGCCCAAAUGUCAGAAGGUCUGGAGGAAAUUAUAGGGGCUUUGGAAAUCCUAAGAGGACAUAGUUCCAGUUUGGUUGAUGAAGAGACCCAGGGACAAUCUUCUCACAUGCAAGGCUAUCACUCAGAAAGUAAAAGUCUCAGAGAAAGUGAAGCUUCGAUUCCAAGUCUUCAGAUGAGUGCAGGCAUUACAAUCCAUGAAGACUGUGCAAUAAAACUAGAGAGAACCAAAGGAGUCUCUGCUGGUUUAUCAGAUGACUCUCUUGCAAGUGACAGUGGCGUUUUUGAAGCCUUAAGUAAAAGGAAUGAGAAUGUCGAAGAUUCUGUCUGUAAAGAGUCUGAAAAAAGGGAGGAACCUCAAGUUCAUGUUGGAGUAGUGUAUGAUUGUGGAAGUGAAUGUCUUUUUGUACAUGUUUUGCAACUUAAACAUUUUAAUGGCCUCACUCUCAAGCAAGGAUGCAAAAUUCAAAUUAGAGUCUACCUGCCCUCCCUUGAAUCCACUACACCAAGCACUUACUGUUCAAAAGCUCUGGAGUUUCAGAUGCCAAUGAUGUUUAAUGAAAUAUUCCAAAUACCCAUGCAAGCCACUGAACUGAAUCUGAGUUCUCUACAGCUGUACAUAUGUUCUGUACUCCCUGACAAGCAGGAGGAGCUAAUGGGAAUUGCUCAGAUCAGCUUGACUGACUAUGAAGGUGCAAAAGAGAUGCAUCUUCAGUGGUAUCCUGUUGAGAUCUACAGUAGUGCCGAGCCUCAGAAAGCUAGUGGUGAUGGACGUGGCUAUAUUCGAACAUCUGAAAUCACUAACAAAACAAAAACAGAUGCUGUGUCAGUUUUACUAGCUCGAACAACAGCUCAGCUAGAAGCAGUUGAGCGUGAACUAGAGGUGGAGAGAGUGAAGCUGGAGUAUACUGAGGAAGAGAUACUAGAGAUGGAAUGCAAAGAAGACAAAGUGGAGGCAACCUCAGAGAGAAGCUGGCAAGCAGACUCUGUUGACAGUGGAUGUCACAGUAACAGCACGCCAAUGAGUCCACAUUAUUCAGAAACCAUGUAUGGUGAUGCCCUCCAUGGGCCAAUGUGUGCAGGGCAGGCAACCCUGUAUGAUUCAGUGAAGAUUACCAAUGAGACUUUGAAGGUGGACAAAGAGACCAAUACUGAAGAUAUGUUUCCAGAUGAGGUCAAUAUUAUGAAAAAGGAGAGGACCUGUCGCCGGUCUCGCGGGUCUGCUUUUGUUCGCAGCAGUACAAUUGUCCGUUCCCAGACAUUUUCUCCGGGUGCAAGAAGUCAGUAUGUUUGCAGACUGUAUCGAAGUGAUAGUGAUAGUUCUACAUUACCGAGAAAAUCACCUUUCAUUCGAAAUACACUGGAAAGGCGGACACUACGCUAUAAGCAGCAGGCCUGCCAGUCUUCCAUGGCAGAGAUCAUGGCACGGACAUCUUUAGACCUGGAGCUGGAUCUUCAGGCUUCCAGAACAAAGCAACAGCAGUUAAAUGAAGAGAUAAACACUCUUAAAGAACUCAAGCAACGUCUAGAGGAGGCACAACUUAGAGGUCAAAGUGAGCUUCCCCAGUGGGUGCUGCGUGAUGAAAGAUUCCGCUGUCUGCUGAUAGAGGCAGAAAGACAAAUGAGACAGACCAAGCUUGAGCUGCACCAAGAACAAGCAGCUGAGAAAAUGCUUAAAAGAGUCUCCAAAGAAGUCUUCCAGCUGCGUGGUCAGAAUCAAAAGGAACCAUUGCAAGUACAAACCUUCAGGGAGAAGAUAGCAUUUUUUACAAGACCAAGGAUCAAUAUACCUCCUCUGCCAGCUGACGAUGUAUGA